AUGUCUUCCGUCGCUCGCGCCAUCCGCCCCUUUGCUUCCCGGGUGCUCACCCAGAAGCCUUUGGCUUCCGUCUGCCAGGCUACACCUGCUUUCCGUUUCCCGCGGGGAACACGAAGCUUCUCCCAGAGCCCUCUCUCCCAGUUGAAGAAAUACACCGAGUCGCACGAAUGGAUUGAGCUUGCUGAGGAUGGAAAGACUGCCAAGAUCGGUAUCACCGAGUACGCCGCCCAUUCUCUGGGUGAUGUCGUCUACGUCGAACUCCCUGAGGAAGACCUCGAGAUCUCUGCCGGUGAGCCCGUCGGAGCUGUCGAGUCCGUCAAGUCUGCUUCCGAUGUCCUCUCACCUGUCGCCGGCAAGGUCAUCAAGGGUAACAGCAUCCUCGAGGACAAGGCUAAGACUAUUAACGAGAGCCCCGAGGGUGAGGGCUGGAUUGCUGAGAUCGAGGUUUCUGAUGUUGCUGAGAUCGAUGCCCUGCUCGACAAGGCUGCCUACCAGCAGACCAUUGAUGCUUAG